AUGAAUCAUUUUUGUGAAAAUGAUGAUGAUAUUUGUCAAAAAAAUAGUUAUCAUCCAAAAUCUAUAUUGAUUACAGGUGGUGCUGGUUUUAUAGGAUCACAUCUCACUGUAUAUCUAUCGAAACACUACAAAACAUAUAGGUUAAUAGUUUUAGAUAAAUUAGAUUAUUGUUCAAAUUUAUUAAAUCUAUCAAGUGUAGAACAUGAUAAUUAUAGAUUUUGUAAAGGAAAUAUAUUGGAUAGUGUUUUGCUUGAUAGAUUGUUUACAGAGGAAUCAAAUAUAGAUACUGUUAUUCAUUUUGCAGCUAGUACACAUGUUGAUAAUUCAUUUGAAUCGUCGAUCAAUUUCACAGAGAAUAAUAUAUUGGGAACACAUUAUCUUUUGGAGUGUUCACGACGACAUAGAGUGCAGCGAUUCAUAUAUAUUAGCACCGAUGAAGUUGGUAUCGUCGGUGAGAUCUACAACAUCGGUACUGACUUUGAGAUUUCCAAUAUUCAAGUUGCUCAAACACUCAUUGAUAUUCUAUAUCCAGAUGAUAAAAACAACAACAACGGUGGUGAUCAUGUUUCUAAAUCAAACAUGUUAGAAUAUGUUCAAGAUCGUCCGUUCAACGAUCAACGAUAUCAUUUAAACAGUUCAAAACUAGCGGAAUUAGGUUGGACUCAACAAGUUGAUUGGUAUCAUGGAUUACGUCAAACUCUAGAUUGGUAUUUAAAUAAUAGAAAUUAUUGGAACAACAACAACAAUAACAGCAACAACAACAAUAAUAGUAUACAAACUAUUGAAGUAGACUCAAAUAAUAUAGAUAAAUUAAAAUUAAAUAAUUCAAUAUGUAAAUUAAGUAUAAGUGCAUCUGCAUCCUCUCCAAAUCAUUAA